CCGCCGGCCGGGGCGGCUGGGGGGUGGGGCGGGGGCAGGUGUUGCCUCUUUGCAUUCUUGUACCCUAGCGCGGCCCGGACAUCGCCCAGGUUGCCGGCACCAUGAAGAUCUGGACGUCUGAGCAUGUCUUUGACCACCCCUGGGAAACGGUCACGACAGCUGCGAUGCAGAAAUACCCCAACCCAAUGAACCCCAGUGUCGUUGGCGUCGAUGUCCUGCACAGACACGUGGAUCCCUCUGGAAAGCUGCACAGCCACCGGCUUCUCAGCACAGAGUGGGGCCUGCCCUCCAUCGUGAAAUCUCUUAUUGGUGCAGCAAGAACCAAAACAUAUGUGCAGGAACACUCUGUGGUUGAUCCUGUAGAGAGGACAAUGGAACUUAAAUCUACUAAUAUUUCGUUUACAAAUAUGGUUUCAGUAGAUGAGAGACUUAUAUACAAACCACACCCUCAGGACCCAGAAAAAACUGUUUUGACCCAAGAAGCCAUAAUCACUGUGAAAGGAGUCAGCCUCAGCAGUUACCUAGAAGGCCUCAUGGCAAGUACCAUAUCUUCAAAUGCUAAUAAAGGCCGAGAAGCCAUGGAAUGGGUCAUCCGUAAAUUAAACGCUGAGAUUGAAGAACUGGCAGCCUCAGCCAGAGGAACCAUGAGGACCCCGAUGGUGGCAGCAGCAUUUGUAGAGAAAUGACAGCAAGAGUGGUGUGCGGCAGCAGGUCCCAGGUCUCCAUGCUGACAGCAUAUUUAUUUGUUAUUUAAGAAAUACAAUUGUAUUUUAGGUAGAUCUUUUUUUGUUUUUAAUAAGCUGGAGAAAGUCUGUGUGACUUCAGAUCCAAACAAAGCGGUGCAGGGCUUCUAAACUAAGAGGGAUCAUCUGAAAAUAGUAUUAUUUGAAAUGACCUUCUGUUUUGAGGGCUCCAAUAUUUAUGUGAAAAUUUAACAGUUUUUGAAAAAGGACUUUGAAAUUGAUCUUGGCAUAUAGAAUCUCCUGAAGGUAGAAUGUGAAAGCUUUCCAUGCAUUGGAACUCUACCUGGCUUUGGACCAACCCCAGAACAAAGCAGAGCCACUUUCGGGUACACAGGCGGCCCUGUUGCACUGGAUUUCAACAUGCUUGUACAAAGAAGCUCACUUUAAAAGGAGAUAGUGUAUACUUUUAAAAAGCCAUAUUAAUUUGUAUAAAAUACCUUGCUCUGCUAUAAACCACCGUUUAAAAAACCACAGUGCUUUGAUUAGGUACUUAAAUGAUAUUUUUGGAGUGAAAAUUAUUAUUAAUGUAUGAUUCCAACAAAAAUAUGAUUUUAUUGUAUUAAAGAGUACUGUAUUGAUUUGCCAAAGUUUUGUAACUUAGUAGAAGUAUUACCUUCCUUGGAUUUGUACUUGGAAAAGUCUCUGUGAUUUAGUAUGCUGUACUGUGGGCUGCCUCUGUUCACUGACAAAUAAAGUCAUUACCUGAA